GCUCAAGAUGUGCGCGGGGAGCGCCACCGUUCUGCUCACGCCAGUACCCCUUCGACCAGCGAUGCUGUGCUGUCUCCGGAAAUAGAUGUAGCUUGUGAUUCGCGUCCAUAGAUCGACCGAUCGGGUGCGCGAGUGUGAGUGCAAAUGACUGUUAGCCCGGUGUAGCGGGCUGGAACCUUACAAAAUGUGGACCAAGAGAUUGAAAUUAUGGAGGUUUAUGUUGUGCAUGUUGUUUGCCGUGUCGGCGCUCGCGCUCGCGGCGAGAGCCGAUGACGACAUUCCUUCAGAAUCACAGUGCCGUCCGUAUAUCGAAAAAGCGCUUAAAGAACUCGAAUCGGGAGACGUAGAACCAGAUUCUACGGAAAAAAACGAAUCCAGUGAAGUUAGUAUAGAUGACGACACGAAAGAAGAUACAUCAACAGAAGAUGGAGGAACAGCGGCAGAGGCAGAAAGCAAAGAAGAGGCAGAAAGUAAAGAAUCAGAAGAAGAUACCCCAUCAGUCGAAGUUGCCGAUGAACCAUACAUGUCUCAAGUCUCAUACGACGAUGAAAGUGGAAGCCCCGUUGAAAGCGAUUCUAAGGAAGAAACAACUGAAGACAGUGUAGAAAAACAAUCAAUUGAGAGCAAGGAAGACGAAGAAGGAGAUAGCAAAGAGCAAGCAUCUGCUGAAGAUCAAGAAAUCGAAAAAGAAAGUGGCGAAGUAGAAGACGAUGUCGAUAGUAAGGAAGAAAGCGAACAAGAAAAGGAAGCUUCAGCAGAAGAUGCCGAUACUGAUAGCAAAGAAGAGGAGGGAAAAGAAUCCGAAGAAGGAGAUGACAGCGCAAGUGCAGAAAAAUUAACUGAAGAUGAAGAUAAAUCGGAAGAAACAACAGAUGCUUCUAAAGAAUCUGACGAAGCCAAAGAAGGCGAAAGUGACGAAGAAAAUAAAACAGAUGAAGAUGAUGACAGAUCUCAAGAAAAGGCUGAAUCUACAGAAGAUGGUGUAAGUGACUCUCAGGAAGAAAAAGAAGAAACAGAAGAAGAGAAGUCAGGAGAAGAUAAAGAGGAGUCUGCCGAAAAAGAUGAAUCGGUUGAAGGCGUUGAGACUGAAGAAAAAGCAGGAGAAGACAGUCAAGAAUCUGCAGAAGAAGAGCAGGCUGAACAAGUUGCAGGAGAAGAUGAAAAGUCUGAGGAGACUAGUUCAGAUGAAGCUGAAGAAGAGCGUGCACCUGAAGAGGACCUGUUACUCAUUGGCGAAAUUCCUGAAAAUUUAAGAUCUCGUGACCAUAUUAUUCAAAUAUUAAGAUUGGACGAAGAAGCAAGCGAGUCGGAAUUGAUUAUAGAAAAAUCAGCAGAUAUUGUUCUUAGAGAUUUAAAAAAACUUUACGAAAACGCAAUCAAACCUCUCGAGGGUCUCUAUAAGUAUAGAGAUUUGAGCAACAGGCAUUUUGGUGAUCCUGAAAUAUUUUCAAAGCCAUUAGUACUUUUUAUGGGACCUUGGAGUGGUGGAAAAUCUUCGAUAUUAAACUAUUUAACAGGAAUCGAAUUCACUGAGUGGUCUCUUAGAACAGGUGCUGAACCAUCCCCAGCCUACUUCAAUAUUUUAAUGCAUGGAAAAGAACCAGCGGUUCUUGAUGGAACUCAACUUGCAGCUGAUUGGACCUUCUCAGGACUACAAAAAUUUGGUCAAGGUUUAGAAGAACGUCUUAGGGGUCUUAAGUACCCUAGUAAAUUAUUAGAAAAGGUCAAUAUUGUAGAAAUUCCUGGAAUAUUGGAAGUGAGGAAACAAGUGUCACGCGUGUUUCCAUUCAAUGAUGCUUGUCAGUGGUUUAUUGAUCGCGCAGAUAUUAUUUUCCUAGUUUACGAUCCUUCAAAGCUUGAUGUCGGUCCUGAGACUGAAGCUAUUCUUGAUCAACUUAAGGGCAGAGAAUCUCAGACCCGCAUCGUAUUGAACAAAGGGGACAUAGUUAAACCAGAGGAACUAAUGCGCGUGCAAAGCGCAUUGAUUUGGAACAUAUCACCACUUAUGAGCUCACCGCAACCACCAGUCAUGUAUACCGUGUCGUUGUGGUCACUGCCGUUCGAGGCAGGCGCACCGAGUCGUCUACUGUUGGCACAGGAGCGAGAGCUGUUGCGCGAUCUACGUCAUGCGAUAGAUAAACGAAUUGAGAAUAAAAUCGCCAGUGCCAGGCGAUUUGCAGUGCGAGUUAGAAAUCACGCUAAGAUGGUCGACUGCUAUUUAACAACUUACUACAAUCACAAAACAAUUUUUGGAAAUAGAAAACUCAUCUCGGACGCUAUUAUUGAAAAUCCUCAGAACUACCACAUCUAUGAGGGACUCAGCACACUCACAAAUAUAUCUAGGUAUGACCUUCCUGAUCCCGAAACCUAUCGGGACUUCUUCCGGUUGAACCCACUCUACGAGUUCCAACAACUGUCGGCAACGUGUACUUAUUUCCGCGGUUGUCCUAUCACACAGCUCGAUGUGGCUAUCGCUUACGACUUGCCUGAGCUGGUGGGCAAGUACAAGAAGAUGGUAGAAUCUGCCACCCCUCAAGGAAUGCCCAAGAGUUGAGACGCAGCACCCACCAAUUGUAACAUAACACCUGCUUUUUAUUUUAGCGAAUUGGAUUAGACGAUUAUUUUGGGCACAUUAUGCAUUUCUUUUACUAAUUGGGCGUCGUAACAUUUCAAUAAAAAAUACGCAUUUUCUAUUCAUUCGUUUAAUCGUAUAUUUAUUUUGCAUAAAUACUCGCUUGUUUCGAUUUGACGUGAAUCAUGAAUGCUGUCGUUUCGAAUGUUAUCUAAUUUAAGUUGAUUUUCUUUUUGCGUUUUUAGUGAAGGUAGAAAAAGCAAGACACUUCCAAUUUCCUCAUUAACCAUUUUUAUACAAAUAAAAAAAUAAAUUAAUCUAGU